AUGGCAGCGGCAUCGGGCAAUCUGCACAACUCAUUUGUCGACCCCAACGAACUCUGGGGGGUAGAAUCUGAUGACCCAGAUCUUCCGGGCCCAGCCAACAUUAGCUUUCGGUUCAGCCCCACGGGCGACCGCGCUAAGGGGACUGGAAAGCGUGGAUGCUGGCUUCCCGCCGCCGAUGAUACCGAAUCCACCCCAAGCCCGUCUGCGCCUGGUCAGUCACCACCAGCCGGCAAGCCUUCCACCGUCGAUGGUUACGAAUUCGUGUCUAGCCCGCCUGGGUCUGGUCAAUCACCAACGGCGAAUGUGGCCCCCACCGCCCCAAUGUACAUGUACACCCCCACCGACCCAAUGUACAUGUACGCCCCCACCGCCCCAAUAUACAUCCCCUCCUCCGACCCGUCUCUAGGUGGGAACCUAGCGUCGGCCAAGAAGUCACAGGCCUGCGCAGACUCUAGCUCCGACGGGUCCGCGGAGCAAAAUCACCAGCGCCAGAGCCGUAGAGCUCGCAAGCGGCGGAGGAAGAGCUAG